AUGCCAAAAUCUGUAAGCAAAUCAUUUUUCAGAGAAUGGUAUCAAAAUUUUCCAAAUACACAGAUAUCUACCAUUUAAUAGUCUCUCAUCCGCAGCGAUAAAACCAAUGCCUCUAAGCAAAUAGCCUAUCUAACCCUAAUUUACUUUAAUCUAACCCUAAUUUAUUUCAUCUUCAGAUUCUCUAAUUUUCUUCUCGAUCAAUAUCUCCGUAUAGAAAACCAUGUCUUCCGAACAAGAAUCCGAGGAAGUAAUCACCACAUGCGUCUUCUGGGACCUCGAGGAUUUCAUACUCCCUGAUAAUUUAAAUCCUUUUUAUGUUUAUCGUAACCUGUCAUCAGCUCUUAAGAGUAAGGGUUUAAUUGGUGGGUUGAAAAUCUGGUUCUAUUAUGGAGGUGAUCUAGAUUUCACGGAUGAAAUCGCGGAUAAGUAUGAAGAGCUCGAUACCUUCUUCUUUCGCCUAGAAGGGGAUAUAUAUGAGAAAGCUACAAGGAUUAUGAGGGACGCUCUUCUCUGGUCAGUGGACAAUCCAGUGCGUGACGACAUUCCUGAACAAGCAAAUUUGUUUAUUAUCUCUAAUAAAUUCUCUGGAGAAGAAACCAAGGAACUCCUCAGUUAUCUGCAAGCUUUGGAAUCGAGAAAGUAUAAUAUUCUCUUAGCACUUAACGAACCCGAAUCAUGUGAAGCGCUGCUUCCUUCUGUAAGCUUGGAAUGGCUUUGGCAUAGAAUAUUAGGUGCUGGUGAUGAUCUUGAAGAUGAUGUUGACAAUACUACUCUUUGUAACUUGUGCAACAAGGAAGAAGAGUUGAAGGCAGCCAACCUUAAGAUUUUGGAGAUGGAGAAAGCACAAGCUGAACAAGACAAGGUGCUAGCUCAACAAACAAAAGAGCUCGAGUAUUUUAAGAAUAUAGUAUUUAACCAAUUUCCAAACUUGGUUCUUCCAACCAAUUCCUCCCACCCGAGACGAUAAUUAGUAUUGUGUAUUUUAUGUGUUUAUGUUAUAUCUUUUAAUUUUUUUUUUUUUUUCUAUUGAUUUGUUGAGACUUUUUUUUGGUGAGCAUUGAUUUGUUGAGACUUGAGACUAUUGGUUAUUGAUUGAUAAUUAAACUGAAUCAA